UCUCCUAUGUUAAACCCUAGAUCUGUCUCCGGCGAUCUUCUGACGCGGUUUCCGGUUCGGAUCCGCGUUUCGGCCAUGUUAUUUUUCAAUUUGUAGAUCUGUAACCCUAAUUUCAUGAUUUUCUCGAAUUUGUUGAUUUCUAAUGUCUCUUCCAAUUUAUGUUGUUUAGUUUUUUUUGUAUGAAUUAGAACAUGAUUUUGAGGUUUUAUUGGAUCUGUUUAUUUUGGUUAUGAUCUGGUCUGUUAGAUUGAUUAUUAUUGCGUUUUUUUAUUAAAUUUUAUAAGUUCAUGCAGUCGUAGUACAUUGAUGAUGUAAUAUGUCAUAUACCAGUUUUGAUUUUAAGCAAUGUUUAUGUGAGAUUUGUGGGCAGUACUUGAUCGAGAAUCUGCCAUGGAUGAUACUGGUGAUGAGUUCUGUUAUGUUAUUAUUUUCAUAUUAUUAUUAUUACUAAAUGUUUGUUUUUGUUUUUUUAUUUAAUUGGGCCAAUCCGACCCAUAUGUGGGCCUAUGUAUUAUAUGGGUUCAUAGACACUACACAGUGGUGGAUUUUACUGUAUGCAAAGCCUAUAUGGGAUAAGAUGGCCACUCACUCCUUGGGCCUUUUUCCUAACAGAGUAAAGAUGCUAUUGUAAGAUGAAAGGGCAGUGUUGUUAUGUUAUUGCUGUUUUGUCUGCAUAUAUGGUUAUAGGAAAACAAAAAUGCUUAUGUUCAUUCUAAUGCAAUUUAUGUGAUGUCUUUGUUCUUCUUUUUUUUCAGACUCCAGAGUGGGCUCAUAACCCAUUGUACUCUAAUGCAUAUUUUAUGCUUGUCAUUAUUCAAAUUAAAAACUUUGCAUGGUGGAUACUACAUUUUGAAAUAAGAUGAUUACUGUUGACGAAGACAGAGUGGAUACGACCCUUGAUCUGAAAAAUGCUCCAACGGGUGCUGAUUGUCAGCCAGAUAGUGAUCUCUCCGAUUCCAAAGUAGAACCCGCCAUUGAAAUUCCUGCAGCUGAAUUACAGGCUUCUGAUGGUGAUGCAAAUGGACGGACAUCCGAUCAUGAGUUGGACAACACUAUCGAACCUCCUAAUAACGAGCCAGAGAAUUCAGAAUCACUACCCAACGGACAGUCGAGCAAUGCUGAUGCCUCAGACAACAAUCAGCAAGUUGAUUAUGAGGCACCACCCAACAAUCCAUCAGUCGAGUCUGAAACUCCCUCUGACAAUCAGCCUGUUAGUUCUGAGGCUACUCUUGACCAGAAGUUCGCUGCUGAGGUUAAUUCCGAGGAGCUUCCAAAUGAUGGUGGGGUUGUAGUAUCUGAAACGCAGCACAGCAAUGAAGUGGAUUUACCUGAAACACAGCAUAGCAGUGAAAUGGUUAUGUUUGAAACACAGCAAAGCAAUGAGGUGGUCAUGCCUGAGGAACAGAACAUCAAUGAUGUGGUCAUGACAGAAGCCAUGACUGAAAAUGAGUUGGCCACUUCCACAAUUGAUCCCAACCAUCACCUUUCUCAUCCUGAAACUCACCCUCAUAACCAUCACUAUGCUGAUUUCCAUAUGAUUCCUGAAGAUCAGCUGCCUCAACCUGAAUCUCUACCCAAUUGUGAUCCAUUGCCGUGUUCUGAACAACAUGAAGAUGGUCACAUCAGAGACAUCAAACCAAUGCAUCAUGAUCAUCUUGCUCAGUAUGAUACAGUUCCCAACAAUCAUCAUCUGGACCAUUCUGAGGCACUGUGUAACCAUCAGCUAACCGAUUCCGAGACACUGUCCCCCGGACAACUAGCUAAUUCUCAAAUGUUACAUCACUAUGAGCUGGAAAAUAGUGAAACACUGCAUGAGAAUCAGCUAGUUAAUUCUCAAGAACACUAUGGACUUGUCAAUGCUAACAUCAUACCCAGCUAUGAGAUUGUAAGUGCUGACACUCCUCUGAACUGUGAGGAACCUACCCCAGACACUCAGCCAAGCAAAAGGAGGAAAAAGAAGUCUAUAGUCUGGGAACACUUUACCAUAGAAAAUGUUGAUCCCGGAUGUAGAAGAGCGUACUGCAAGCAAUGCCAUCAAAGUUUUGCCUAUAGUACUGGUUCAAAGGUUGCUGGGACCAGCCACCUUAAGCGCCACAUUGCUAAGGGGACAUGCGCAGCUCUUCUGCGUGGCCAAGAUCAAAACACAUCUGCCCCCCGAGCAAGGGGAACUAGUGCUGGCAAUGCUAGCAGUACUCCAAAGCGACGUUAUAGAACUGGGGGUUCUCCUUUCAUAAUUUUUGACCAAGACCGUUGCCGCCAUGAGAUUGCUAGGAUGAUCAUUAUGCAUGAUUACCCCCUUCACAUGGUUGAACAUCCAGGAUUUGUUGCGUUUGUCCAAAAUCUGCAGCCCCAGUUCAAUAUGGUGACCUUUAACACUGUCCAAGGAGACUGUGUUGCAACUUUUCUGUCGGAAAAACAAAAACUUCACAAAUAUUUUGAGGGAUUACCAGGACGUUUCUGUCUGACACUGGACAUGUGGACCUCAACUCAGUCUGUAGGAUAUGUAUUUAUAACUGGACAUUUUGUUGAUAGUGAUUGGAAGUUGCAGAAGAGAAUUCUCAACGUUGUGAUGGAACCAUACCCUGAUUCUGACUCUGCUAUCAACCAUGCUGUAUCUGCUUGCCUUUCUGAUUGGAAUUUCGAUGGCAGGCUGUUUUCUAUUACUUGUAAUCGUGCACUCAGUGAAGUUUCCCUUGGAAAUCUGAGAUCAUUACUCUCUGCAAAAAAUCCACUUAUCCUCAAUGGUCAGUUGUUGGUGGGAAGUUGCAUUGCCAGAACUUUUAGCAGCAUUGCAAAUGAUUUGCUGAGUUCUGUACAAGAUCUAGUGAAAAAAAUCCGGGAUAGUGUAAAAUAUGUGAAGACUUCAGAUUUGCACGAGGAAAAAUUCCUAAACCUCAAACAGCAACUUCAGGUCCCCAGUCAAAGGAGCCUUUUUAUUGAUGACCAAACCCAAUGGAAUACAACAUACCAAAUGUUGGUGGCAGCUUCUGAGCUGAAGGAAGUGUUUUCUUGUUUGGAUGAUUCGGAUCAUGAUUACAAGGGAAGCCCAUCUAUGCAAGAAUGGAAGCUAGUUGAGACACUCUGUAGUUAUUUGAAGCUGCUUUAUGAAGCAGCAAACAUUCUUACCACUACUACUCAUCCCACUGCCAUUACCUUCUUUCAUGAAGUUUGGAAAUUGCAGCUGGAUCUUGCCCGUGCUGUUAUGAAUGAGGAGGACCCCUUCCUUAACAAACUUAUUAAACCCAUGCAAGAAAAGAUUGAUAAGUACUGGAGAGAUUGUAGUUUGGUUCUGGCAAUAGCAGUAGUUAUGGAUCCUCGCUUCAAGAUGAAGCUUGUUGAGUUCAGCUUCACAAAAAUCUAUGGUGAUGAUGCUCAUGAAUUUGUCAAGAUUGUUAAUAAUGGAAUUCAUGAACUAUUUAACGAGUAUGUGGCUCUUCCCCUGCCACUGACACCAGCUUAUGCAGAAGAUGGAAAUGUCAAUACUAACAGAUCCCCUGGAGGAACUAUGUUAUCAGAAAAUGGAUUAACAGAUUUUGAUGCCUACAUCAUGGAAACUAGUAGCCAACAGACGAAGUCUGAAUUGGACCAGUACCUGGAAGAAUCACUGCUGCCCCGUGUACCAGACUUUGAUGUAUUGAGUUGGUGGAAGCUAAACAAACUCAAGUACCCAACUCUUUCGAAGAUGGCCCGUGAUAUAUUAUCUGUUCCGGUUUCGAGUGCUCCUGCUGACUCUAUAUUUGAUAGUAAAAGCAAAGAGAUGGACCAGUAUCGAAGUUCCUUGCGACCAGAGGUAGUGGAAGCCCUUGUAUGUGCCAAAGAUUGGAUGCAUUAUGGAGCAGUGGAAGCCUCAAGUGCACUUGUGAAAGUUGAAUUCUAGAUUUAAUUUCUUUUGGUUCAGGGAUUCUUUGCAAUGUUUGAACCUGAGUGGUGGCUGAACUUUGAUGGUAGGUUCUGUUAUUUUACUUAGUAUUCCUAGUAAUUUUCUAUUAGUAUUCUUAUUGACAUUGAAAUGCAUUUGGAUGAUUGGACUUAAAUAAUUAAGUUAUAGCUUUGAGGUGCAUCAAAUCCAUUUGUGGGAUUAAUUUACUACCUGUGUUUUCCCCAUUCAGUAACUCCGGAUUAAUUGAUCUAACAAAUACCUUCGUUUGCAAAUAAAAAUAAAUUCAUGCUCCUAUGGCGAUGAAUGUCAUGAAA